AUGACGGCAGGAGCACGUCUAAUAACGGAGGCUCACGUGCCUGGAGCAACUAGAUUAGCACCUGGGAUACGGGCAAGGAGCCAAAUCGUGAGAACCAACCCUCAAAAAUAUCGCCGUAAUCAACUUCAGCUGAUUAUACUCAGGUGAGCAAGUCUGGAGCCAAACCGAAAAUUCUCAGAAAGAAGAAAAAAAUAUAUUGAAGUGUAGAAAGAUUUCUUUUCAAUAUUUGCAACUUUUCGACACGGACGUCUUGAUUUUGAAAUAAGAUCUGCAGCUUCCUAAAAUACUGAUUUUUUGGGCUUAAGAUAGCUGAUUUUUCAAAAUACUGACGGAAUGAACGGAAAUUUUGCAGAUUUUUAUUUCGCCCAUUUUUUCUAACCUUCCAAGAGUUCAAAAAUUUUCCCAUAUCCUCUAACUAUCAUAAAUAAGAAAUCCGACAGGCAGAAAAAAAGGACAAGGAAGUAUGAAUGGGCGUGUCCGCGCCAUGGCGCCGGUGAUGAAUGGCAGGACGGCACCGCCUGGGACGACGCCAAGAUCGGUUGA